CUUAGCUGGCCAAUGGGAUGCUCGGGAGAAUAUUGAGACAACAUUUAAAAAAAGAUCCACAGCCCAUGUUUUACAUACACGCAGCGUGGGUGUGAGCAGUGUGCAGCUCAGUAGCUUGUGUGUCGCAUGCCAUGGCAGCCUUUCAGCACUCACUUUUACUCCUUGCAGUGGCUGCGGCUUCUGCGUCCGUUGCGGCUUCUGUUUCCUCAGCGUCUUCCUUCUCAUCACCGCGCUCGAAAAGAGGUCUGCUGGAGCUGGCGGGAAUGAUCAAAUGCACCACGGAGAGAUCGCCUCUGUCUUACGCUUUUUACGGAUGCUAUUGUGGACUGGGGGGCAGAGGCUGGCCACGGGAUAGGACUGACUGGUGCUGCCACAAGCAUGAUUGCUGCUACGACAGUGCAGAGCGCCAGGGCUGCUCUACCAAAACAGAUCGCUACGAUUGGAGCUGUGAUGACAGGACAGCUAACUGUGGUGAUUUGACGGACACGUGUGAAAAGCUUCUGUGUAAGUGUGACCGGGACGCCGCCAAAUGCCUGAGAAAUUCACCCUUCCAAAGGAAAUUCACCCUGUGGCCGAAUUGGAGGUGUGGCUCCCCCCAGCCAAUGUGUAGCAUUUACUGACCCAAGCAUAAAUUUAUAACGACGGAAGAAAAUGACUUAUGUAAUCAAUGGCCAUACACCGUUGCAACAGUGUGCACUUUUUAUUGACUUAAUUACCGAGACACGAAAUGCCUUGUAAUAGUGAAAUUGGUCUUUUGGCUAUUUGAGAACAACGAGCUACUGGGGAAACAGGGAGUUUCUAUAUUCUUUUUUUUUUUAUUUUUUUUGUCUUUGCUGUAUUACAUCAUUGGGUGGUGUUUUCCACUGAGUCACUGAAUAGGGUCAAUGGAGAAAGAGCGUCAAGCCUUAACUUUAUGUGAAGGUGACGUGGAUGGUGAAUGGAAAAGUGACUUCUUCAGUGUUAAUGAUGUCAUUGCCUCAUCUUUUUUUUUCUUUUGGAUUU